AUGAGAAAAGAAUAUUUUAGUGCAAUUCUAAGAUAAGAAGUAGGAUGGUUUGAUUCUAUAAAUCCAAAUGAACUCAACACUAAAGUAGCAGAUGAAACAUUUGCUGUAGAAGAUGCUAAAAAUUUUCAAUAAUUAGUGGAUGGUAACUAGGUUUGGUGA